AUGGCUCCACCUGGAUCGAUUGGAGCAGUAGACCCCGGAUGGGAGCACGGUGUAGCACAAGACGAGCGUAAGAAGAAAGUGAAAUGCAAUUACUGUGGGAAGAUAGUCAGCGGAGGGAUAUACAGACUGAAGCAACACUUGGCUCGUGUAUCAGGAGAAGUAACCUACUGUGACAAGUCUCCAGAGGAAGUAUGCCUGAGGAUGAAGGAGAAUCUAGAACGGUGUCGUUCCACAAGAAAGCUUAGACAACCUGAAGACAACAACAGUAGACUCUCUUCUUGCUCCAGUUUCCAUGACGACGAGGUGGAGGAAGAAGAAGAAGAAGAGCGGCGAGGAGGCUGGUCUAGAAGAAGCAAAGGAAAGCAUGCGUUGAGCGGCGAUGGUGUGAGUCUUCUCCGGUCUUCAGGAUACGUUGAUCCAGGAUGGGAACACGGUGUAGCUCAAGACGAGAGGAAGAAGAAAGUGAAAUGCAAUUACUGUAACAAGAUUGUGAGUGGCGGCAUCAACCGUUUCAAACAGCACCUCGCGAGGAUACCUGGAGAGGUGGCGCCUUGUAAAGCCGCUCCUGAGGAAGUUUAUGUGAAGAUUAAGGAGAACAUGAAGUGGCAUCGAGCUGGGAAGAGACAGAACAGACCUGAUGAUGACAGAACGGUCUCUCAAGAUCACGAGCAAGAAGAAGAUGGAGAAGAGGAGCAUGACUUCUAUCCAGCUAGUCAAGAUCGGUUGAUGCUUGGAUACGGAAGGUUUAGUAAAGAGAAGAGAAAAAGAGCGCUUCAGGCACCUUCCACGAGCAAACAGAUGAAGAUAUGGUCAUCAAACAGAGUUGUGUCAAGAAAAGAAGUCACUUCCUCCAUUUCCAAAUUCUUCCACCACGUUGGAGUUCCAACUGAGGCAGUGAGCUCUCUCUACUUCCAAAAGAUGGUUGAGCUGAUCGGUCUUUACGGAGAGGGGUUUGUUGUUCCGUCGAGCCAGCUUUUCUCCGGGAGGCUGUUGCAGGAGGAGAUAUCGACUAUCAGAGGAUACUUGAGGGAGUACAGAUCUUCUUGGUCGGUUACAGGCUGUUCUAUAAUGGCUGACACGUGGAACAACGCAGAGGGCAAGACGAUGAUCAGCUUCUUGGUGUCGUGCCCUCGCGGCGUCUACUUCCACUCCUCUAUCGACGCAACUGAUGUGACGGAAGAUGCUUUGAGCCUUUUCAAGUACUUGGACAAAUUAGUUGAAGACAUUGGCGAGGAGAAUGUUGUGCAGGUUGUUACGCAGAACAGUCAUAUCUGUAGAAGCGCUGGGAAGUUGCUUGAAGAGAAGAGAAAGAAUCUCUACUGGACUCCUUGCGCGAUGCAUUGCACGGAGCUUGUUCUUGAAGACAUCUCAAAGCUUGAGUUCGUCUCUGAGUGUUUAGAGAAGGCACAAAGAGUCACAAGAUUCAUCUACAACCAAACAUGGCUGCUCAAUCUCAUGAAGAACGAGUUCACACAGGGAUUAGAUCUUCUUAGACCAGCGGUCAUGCGUUACACUUCCGGUUUCACCACUCUCCAGAGUCUUAUUGACCACAAGGCAAGCCUCAGAGGUCUUUUCCAAUCCAACGGCUGGAUUUUGUCGCAGACCGCUGCCAAAUCUGAGGAAGGGAGAGAAGUGGAGAAGAUGGUGACAGGUGCUGCGUUUUGGAAGAAGGUUCAGUACGUUUUGAAGUCCGUUGAGCCGGUGAUGCAGGUGACGCACAUGAUCGACGGUGACGGCGGCGAGAGGCUGUCUCUGCCGUACGCUUACGGUUACAUGUGCCGAGCGAAGAUGGCGAUCAAGUCUAUACAUGGAGAUGCUGCGAGGAAGUACGGACCGUUCUGGCGUGUGAUUGAUUACCAUUGGAACUCGCUGUUUCAUCAUCCUCUCUACGUUGCUGCUUACUUCUUCAACCCUGGUUAUCGAUAUCGUCCUGAUUUUAUGGCGCAUUCUGAGGUUGUUCGUGGGGUUAACGAAUGUAUUGUUAGGCUUGAGCCGGAUAAUAUGAGAAGAAUCACAGCUUUGAUGCAGAUUCCGGAUUAUACAUCUGCGAAAGGCGAUUUUGGGACGGAUAUGGCGAUUGGGACGAGGACAGAGAUUGAUCCAGCGGCGUGGUGGCAGCAGCAUGGGAUAAGCUGUUUGGAGCUACAGAGAGUAGCGGUUAGGAUACUGAGCCACACGUGCUCGUCUGUUGGGUGUGAGCCGAAGUGGAGCGUGUACGACCAAGUGGACGGUCAAUGCCAGAGCCGUUUUGGGAAGAAGUCAACGAAAGAUCUCACUUACGUUCACUACAACUUGAGGCUCAGAGAGAAGCAGCUGAAGCGGCGGCUGGAUGACGACGGAUCACCGGCGGCUCUUAACUACGCGUUGGUUGAUCGGUUGCUCCCGGACUGGCUCGUGGCCACGGAGAAGGACGAGUUCUUUGUGAAGGAGGAGAGUUUGCAAGGUGAAGAUGGAGUAGAGAACGAAGAGCGUGAUGACGAUGAUGAAGAAGACGAGGAGGAGGAGGAGGAGGAUGAGGAGAAUUGUUACGUCGGUUCUGUUAAUGUUGACGGUGACGGUGAAGACAAUCCUGAUAUGUACGAUGAUGAUCUUAGCGACGACGAUUAG